GAGUGACAACAUCUCGCAUCGUCACCUAAGCGACUUCAUCUGCCAUACGUCUCUCUCUGUCUCUCUCGCGAUAUGCACUUUCUAUUGGUGCACUUCUGACCACUAAAAAGAAAGAAAAAUUCUAUUUGAAUUCUGUUAAUACCUGGCUUAAUUUCUUUCUUCUUUCCACUUGGGUUUUCAAGAUUGUGCACAAAGAUUCAAUCUUUAUCUUGAAAUUUCCUCUCAAUCUUGACCCAUCAAGUUGCUAUACAUGUGUGUGUGUUGGGUUUUAAAAUUUAAUAGUUUUUGAAAGAAGAUUCAAUCUUUAUGAACCCUCAAUUUGGAAGGGAUUUAGUGGGGGUUUUAGCAUGAAGAGUCAACGUUAAUCUGACAAGGUGAUGUGAGGGUCUCAGCUUGCUUUAGUUUUGGAUCAUAGUGGUACCAGAAUUUUCAUUUUCCAUGUGGACUAAAAUAAAUGGAUUGCAGGACUAGAUUAUAACUUCUGGACAAUGGAGGAUUCAGCUGAACCAUCAUAUAUGAGCUCUACUUCAUCUCCACAUAUAUUGAACUGUUUAACAUGCUACGAUAUACCCAUCCACUCUGUUCCAGAGGGAGGAUCGAGUCCUGAAAUUAUGAGUUUAGCUAAACUCAGCGCUAGCUUGGAGCAGCUUAUGGUUAGCUCUAUUGGUGUCGAUUAUAGUGAUGCAGAUAUUGAAGUUGAUGGUGUAUCUGUUGGUGUACACCGCUGUAUAUUGGCUACUAGGAGCAAAUUUUUCCAUGAGAAAUUUAAGGAAGAUGUGGACUCUUUGGAGAAGAAGGAAAGUAGGCCAAAAUAUUACAUGAGCAAGUUGUUGCCGUAUGGUAGUGUUGGAUAUGAGGCAUUCCUUGUAUUCCUAAGCUAUGUGUAUACGGGUCAGUUGAAGCCUUGUCCACCAGAUGUGUCGACUUGUGUCAAUGAUGGUUGUAGCCAUGAUGCAUGCAGACCUGCAAUCAACUUUUCGGUGGAACUGAUGUAUGCUUCUGCCAUAUUUGGGGUUCCAGAACUGGUUUCACUGUAUCAGCGGCGUCUAUUUAACUUUGUCGAAAUGGCUCUUGUCGAAGAUAUCAUUCCAAUCAUUGUGGUUGCCUGUCACUGUCAGUUAAUUCAGCUUCUUGAUCAAUGUGUUCAUAGAGUGGCGAAGUCAGAUCUUGACAGUAUCUCUAUCGAAAAGGAAGUUCCAUAUAAAGUAGCAAAGGAUAUUAAGUCGAUUCGCCUUCAAUGCCUGGAUGAAAAUAGUAAUGCCAUGAUAAAUGAUGAUCCCUUGCGUGAGAGGAGGAUUAGAAAUAUACACAAAGCAUUAGAUUCGGACGAUGUUGAACUAGUGAAACGUCUCCUUCAGGAGUCUGAUAUAACCUUAGAUGCAGCACAUGCCCUUCAUUAUGCUGUUGCAUACUGCGACCCCAAAGUUGUCUCUGAGGUGCUUAAUUUGGGCUUGGCUAAUGUCAACCUUCGGAAUGCUUGGGGUUACACAGUUCUCCAUGUUGCUGCAUCACGCAAAGAGCCAUCAUUAAUUGUACAACUGCUGAAAGAAGGAGCUUGUGCAUCGGAAGCAACACCAGAUGGACAGAACUCUGUUAGCAUCUGCAGAAAAUUGACAAGACCCAAGGAUUAUAAUGAGAUAACAGAGAAGGGUCAUAAAUCAAAUAAAGAUCGUUUAUGCAUUGAAGUUUUGGAGCGUGAAGUGUGUAGAAACCGAAUUGCUAUAGAUGCAUCAAGCUCCUCUCCAAUAAUGGAUGAUGAUCGGCACACUAAGCUUCAGUACAUUGACCUCAAGAACAGAGUGGCACUGGCACAUCUAUUAUUCCCUUCCGAAGCGAAGCUAGCUAUGGAUAUUGCAAAUGCUGAGGCAGCAUCUCAAUAUGCCGGAGUUCCUUUGUCAAAAUCUUCAAAUGACAUUUUCGAUGAGGUUGAUUUGGAUACGACACCCAUAGCAAAGGACGAAAGAAUCCUUGCAAAUAUGGUUGCCCUUAAAAGGACAGUGGAGACAGGUAGGCGUUAUUUCCCCAAUUGCUCAGAAGUGCUGGAUAAGUUUAUGUCAGAUGACUUGAAUGAUGAGUCCUACUUCCUUGACAAGGGCACUGCUGAAGAACAAGAGAUCAAGAAACAACGUUUCAUGGAGCUUAAAGAGGAUCUACAAAAUGCUUUUACCAAAGACAAGGCUGAGCUAAGUCGUGUUGGCUUGUCCUCCACAACAUCCUCAUCUAACGUUGGCUUGUCCUCCACAACAUCCUCAUCUAAAGUCAAGCGAAAACGUAAAUCACCAAGUUAGAAAAUUGACUUAAUAUUUAUAUGUUCUAAUGAUUUUUGACAAUUUGUAGAUGCUUCUGGUUCUGUAGCCAGAGGUGUUGAUCUGUUUGUGUGCCUUGUUUGAAUCUUCUGGUUCUGUAACUAGAGCUGUUGAUCUGUUCGCUUUGCUUGUUUGAA